UCAGCCAUUAUUACUAGCGGUGAGCGAUGUAACUUUCCCCGAGAGAAGUGGGCAAAAACAAGAGCCGCUGUAGUGUAACCAGUCCGCCACCUAGCUGCAGAGACGCGCCGAUCUGUCGACUGUAUGAUUAUGAAAACACCCGCGCCAAUGUUGUUGCACAGUAGGCUCCGCGCUCCGAUGAGGCUUAAACUCGGUUUUAGGAGGUGUUUUAACCUCUGCUUGCGUUAGUUAUGUAAUCAAAGCAACAUCUAAUGCGCCAAAAGCUCGGGAUUGCAGAAGGGGGGAGCAGGACAGCAACACCUUAACCUCAUGCCGAAACGCAGUUGGCUCCGGGACGCGCUCUCGGUUCAAGCUUAAAGGACCAGAGGAAGACCUUCGUUCGCUGGAUAAAAAGCCCAACUGAUCUUGGACUAUAUCAGGAUAUUAUUUUUGGGAAUCUAAACCUACAUUCUGCUCUUUGCUCUUGAGUACAGAAACCCAACCGGGGUAAUUUAAAAGUGUUAAACUGGGGACCCCACAGGUUCCUGCUUCUCCCCCCUGACUUCUCUGAUGGACCAGAGAGUGAAGGGGGGAACCCCUCCAACCACAAACUCCACUGUGGACCCCACCCCUGCAUCUGAAGACUCUGAAGUUUCAGAGAAAAAGCGAUGGGGUGAGGGGGAUGCAGAUGUUGGGCAGAAGGAGGAGGAGAAGAGAGGAGCAGGGAAAAAGAGAGAAGGGGACAAGGGGGCAGUGCUGGAGCUGCUCAUCGAGGGCCGCUGUGGAAGCACAGGGCAACAACAGCUUCAGAUCUCUGGCAGGGAGACCACCUGCCCAGAGGGAAAUGUACGACUCCGCAUUGGGCUCCAGGCCAAACGCACCAAGAAACCGCCGAAGAUCUUGGAAAGCUAUGUCUGCAAGCCCACCAUCAGGACCUAUCAGAGGCAAGCUAGGGGGGUGCUAAAGGGCGAUGGAGAAGGGGGACAGCAAAACAAAACCAGCUCUACUCCAGUCGAGGCAACCAGAGAUCAAUGCUCAGUGUUGGAUGCUGUCCAGACCACGUUCAAACAAAAUGCAUCUGCUGCUUCACCACCAGUUGCAAUAUUAUCAUCGUCAUCACAGCCAGCGUCUACCACAGCUUCCAAGACAGUCUCAGUCCCUGCCAUUAUCAGCCAGGGAACCAAGUCUGCCAAACAGGUUCCUGUCAAACUGGCUGAUAAGACGGAGGUGAAAUCAAAUAGUUCAUCUGAGAGAGUGAAGAAAGAGAAGCUUCCUAAUAUCAAUGGGCAGACUAUCAAUGCAGGACAGAAACCCUGCUCGCCUACAAUAGACCAGACAGUUUCCUCCACACCUACCGACGCAGGCAUCCAAGUCCCAUCUGCACUGGAAACCAGGAAUGAAGGAAAGAACUCCAAGAAACAUAAUGGUUUGGUUCAGACAACAAAACAGAAGGGACUAUCUAAUGGGAAAAGCUCUGCUGGCAUCCAUGGCACUUCCACCUCGUCGAAAAGCAAAGUUGGAAAACAGAGCAGUUUUUCCUCUGUUUCCUCCAUGGACUCUUCAGCAAAACCUCCAGUCUCCAUCAGCUCCCAUAAAGAACUCAGCCUUUCCACCAAGAGUAGGCCAGACUCUCCUUCCUCUUAUUCAGCCACCCCUAAACCACAGUCCUCCCUCUCUGUGGAUAUCUCCUCUGCCCAGUCUAAAGAUCAGGAUCCCCCUCUAGAGAAAAAGAGAGACAAAGAGAGGAAAGCAAAGAAAGAGAAACGGAAAGACAGAAAAUCUAAGCGAGAUAAAUUGGAGGCUGAAACAGCAAAGAGUGAGAUCAGAAAGGAUGAAGGAAAGAAGAAGAAAAAGGAUAAAGGGAAGGAUAAAGGGAAGGAGGGGAAAUCAAGGCACAGUAAAGAAAAGGAUGAAAGACUGAAGACUGAUGAUAUUUUGAGGGAUGAGUUAAUGAUUGAAAAAGGAAAACCUGAGCUGAAAAAAAGGGAUAAACUUAGCCCAGACAGACAACAAACAGAGGAUAAUAAAUGUGGAGAAUCAGUUGAUAUUGGUAAACUAGAUAAAACAUGUCAAAUAGUAAAUACAGGCAGAUCAGAUGAGAAAGAAAAGACGGAUGACGGUUGCAAGCCAGUUAAACAAGCAGAGCCAGCAACAGGUGACACCAGUAAAUCAAAAGAACAAGAUGUCACAAGACAUUCAAAUGUGCCUCCAAGCCACCCCUCUUCUUCUGCUCCGCUGUCUUUGCCCACUCCCUCUGCCCGUGCCCCUAUUUCUCCCCCUCGUUCCCCCCAAGAGCAGGACAGCCGUCCGCUCAAGAAACGCAAAGCCAGACGGCCCAGCUGGACCAAGCUUGUGCAACGAGCUCAGAGGGCAGAAAAUCAGGAAGCCCCGUCAGGUUCCCAACAUAAUCCUCUACAUAGCUUUCCCCAAAACCCCAAGUCCCCCCUUCCUGCCAAGGCCACCAUUCAGCAGACUGAUGAAUCCCGACAAUCUCCGUCUAGCUCUGUAACCAGCAGCUGCUCCCCACUCUCUUCUGCAACCAAACCUUCAUCCCCAAAGCAGGGUCACCCCACAUCAGACCUUAGCCACCAUGCUUCCAGAUGCCAAAUAACCCCUGCCCGAAAAAGAGGCCGCCCUAAAACCCCGAGCUCUAGCUUAGAUGAACCUCCCCCUAAACUUUCACCCAAUGCUAUCCCUACUGAUGUGCCUCUUCUGGGGUGUGACGCAGUUCAGAAAGCCCCUGUGCUAGAGCCAAGUCCCAAACUGCAGUGUGCCGCUCAGUCUAAAUCCAGUCCCAAGAAGCGUGGCCGUCCUCCCAAACAACCACUCCCAGAAGACCAGAGUGGAGACGCACUGAAUCGCACUGACAGGAAUAAAGAUUGUCAUCCUUCUGAACAGGGGAACAGGCAGCUAAAGAUCAGGAGAUUGAUUAAUGAGAUGAAGAAAAGAAAGAAGAAGAGGCUUCACAAGGUAAUGCUUUCUGGGUAUGUGGGAAAGGAGGGAAGGGGAGGCCAGGCAGCGAAUGGCGAGACCUCUCUGGGAAUUUGCAAAUCGAUAGAGGCUACAACAGUAAACACACUCUCAGCCCUGUCAUCUUCCUUUGGGAGUAAGCUGGGCCCUCAGAUCAAUGUGAGCAAGAGAGGGACGAUCUACAUGGGCAAGAGGCGAGGACGCAAGCCAAAAGCCCUAACAUCUUACCUUAAUUCCAAGAGCGCCACUCAAUCAUCCCUGUUUACCACUUCCUCUGAACCAUGUCUCUUCUCCUCUAACCAACCCCAGCCUCCUUCCUCUCAUCCAUUUCCCUCCCCAUCUCUCACACACUCCAGUGGGGCCCAAAGCCCUUAUAGUGAAGGAAGCCUCACAGAACCAACAUCCUCCCUACUUUUUCCUCACUCCUUCUCCCUUCCUUCCCCAUCGUCCUCCUGUACCUCCCCACGCCCUCCCUCCUCCUCAUCCCUCUCUCCCUUUGUGAAGAAGAGUUGUCCAUGUCAGGGAAGGCAUCACUUCCCCUUUCACCAGUCUUCAUGUAAGCUUUCCUGUCCCACCCUUGCGUUGCAUCACACACCUGGCUCUCCCAGCCACCUAAAAGAGGCCAACCCCUCCCCCAGGAGUGAGUCGCACAGCGAGGAGACGCUGCCCAGCGACAGCGGGAUUGGAACAGAUAACAACAGUGUUUCUGAGCGAGCAGAGAAUAGGGGAGUUCGAGGCAUGUUCAGGUUGGGUCAGGGGUCAGGGGUUAUUCUAGGGGGACAAAAGCACCUCUCCUCUCUUGUGGACCGUCCCUCUCCUGUCUCUUCCCCCCUUUCUCUCAUGCCAAGACACACAAACCCCAUCAGCAACUCCUCUACUCUGGAGCGGCACAGAGACAAACACAGGCACAGGCGGAGGGAUUACGACUGUUCCUCUGCCUAUAAUUGCUUGUGCCCCUGCCCAGGACACAACAAGUGCACUCAUUCUGACUUUUACCCUUGCCUUGGGCACAAUGCAAUGAAGAGACAAAAAAGUAAACAUAAGAAGAAACACCAGCAGCUGCACAUGCAGGAUCCAGAGUUUCUGGCCGAGUUAGAAGAUCUGAUCGGUCAGUUCAGCGAGGUACAUAUUGGGCGGCGUGGUUGGGCAAGGACAGGCCUGGGACAGGGCUAUGAUGGGAGUGGUAAUGCUCCUGGAGGAAGGCGUCAUCACUCCCCCUCCCAUUCUCUCCGCUCCAACAUCUUCAGGAUAAAUCUGAAUGGCUUCUACUCGCCUCACCCUUCAUCUUACGCUGGUAAUCCCUCCUUCUCCCCCCAGCCGUUCUACCCCUGCCAGCCUUUGCAUUGCAAUAGGAAGCAAGAUCGCAGGCAGUGUGGUUGCCCUUCAAAGUUCCAGGAGACCAUUGAAAAUAUGGGAUACUACAGCAGCUAUCCUCCAGCCACAACACUUUACCACCACCUCCCCAGCUCCUAUCCAAUUCCCUCUCCGCACCAGUAUGCCCCCCAUCAGUCCCAUCAUGCCCACUUCCUCCUCAACCCUGCCAGGUUCCACAGGCGGAGGAGCAGGUUGCUGAGGGAAGGAGCUUUAGGAGGCGAGGCUGAGGGAGAUAUGGGGGGAGGCAGUGGAGGAGGCCCACACCUAAGCUCAGGGUUCACCUCCAGCCUCUCCUGUGGCUGUGGGAGGAGCGAACACAAACACAAACAUAAACAUCGACACAGGCACUGCGAGAGAGACAUGGAUGACGAGGAGGAGUUGCAUGAGGAUGAGGAGGAAGAUAGGAGGGAGAGGGAGGUGUUAGCCAGUUCAAGGUCAAGGUCAGGGUUCAUUUUGGGGCAAGGAGAAGGAGGAAGGAAAGGGGCGAGAGGACUGGGGUCCACUGCUGCUGCCACAUCGUCAUCCUCAGCAGAAAGGUACAAACACACAUCUCUCACCUCACUGGGGUUGGGUUCCUCUCACCUAUCGUCAUUUGGAGGAAGCUGGGGGGGCCUGGGCCAGAAUUGGAAAAGAUUUGGGGGCCUUGGAGGGACAGGAUUUGGAAAUUCAUCUCCCAGCUGGAAAGGCUUUAAUGCGGAGUACAAUACAGGCAGACUGAUUGCAUCAGACGGAGAAGACGAAGACGGUGAGGAUGAGUCAAACCUUUACAGGACAUCCCCGCCUCCAACACACACCAACCUGUUCACAUCAGCUGUCGUGGCAACAGGGGGGAGGGGUCUGAAGAGCGGAUUGCCCAGUAGGAAUCCAGGAAGUGGAGACAGAUUGUGGAGGAGAGAUGAACCAGCAUGGACAGAGAGGAGAGGAACAGGUUUACAAGGUGACUCAAGAAGCCGCGGGCAGCAGAAAAAUGUGCCAACGCUCGACAGUGUAGCAGGGGGAAAAAAGAGAAGGCCAGGACGGCCCAGAAAGAACCCACUGCCCUCUGCUGUAUCGUCCCCCACACACUCAUCUGCAGCUCCCUUCGUGUCAUCCAACGACCACUUGCCAGGACAUAACAGAGAUGGUAGAGAAGCUGUAGGGAGUAAAGAAGGGCCAGAGAGAGAAAGAGGAGGUGACACCAUCCAGCAGGUGACUGAGUUGGAGCUGCAGGCCAGGAGGAAGAAGCGACAGAAGAGAAAACAUGGUGACUCUCCCUGUCAACAGAGUGUCGCUGAGGAUAAACCUGAGUCUGACACCCUCCCUGAAUGUUUUAGCCAGUCAGAGCUCGACCAGGCUCCAUCUCCACCAGAAACCAUCCUAAGAGAGGAGAGGGAAGACGAGCCUCCCAGGAAGACGUUUCUAAGGGCGGGUCUUUACUCUGAUGAUUACAAAAUUAUAGACCCGCCCUCCCAAGCCCAGCAGUUGUGCAGAGAGAGUAUAGAAGACACUCCAGGGGAGCGUGAAUACAGCCUUUUACCUGCUCCAAUAAAUGUUGGGAAGUACCUAAGGCUGAAGCGGAUUAAUUUCCAGUUACCUUAUGAUGUGAUGUGGCUGUGGCAGAACAAUCAGCUUCACAGCCAGCCUGCUGUUCCCCUGAAGAGGAAGCGGCGUUACUGCCGGCUGAAGGUGAAGAGUUUAUCCUCUCAUCAGACAGCGGAGAGCUCUAGUGAAAUUACCGGCUUGUAUCCCCAUCUCGACCUGGAGCCUUUGACCGGUGUUGAGAGGAGCUUUGUGGUGAAACAUCACGUCUUCCUUGUGAGGAACUUGGAGAUGGUGAGAGACAGACAGAUCCGACUGAGGAUAGAGAGGGAGAGGAAGAGAGACGUGGAGGAAGAGGGGAGGGACUCAUGUCAUCUGUCCUGCGAUGGAGCCGAUGAUGGGGAAGAAAGCCACAUCAAGUCAGAUCAGCAAGCAGGGGGCAUGGUCAUUGAGGGGACGGUUAUCAGCAGUGACGAACACCAUCAGAGUCAAGACACCUCCAGCUUGCUCACUGCCAGCCCCAGUCCCAACCAAACCCAGAACAGACAACAGGAGGAGAGAGAGGAAGAAAAACCAGAAGAAGAGGUCUGCACCAGAGAACAGAGAAGAAAACGGCUGAAUGAUUUACUUUUGACCCUGCAGCAUUCAUAAGCUAACUGAGAGUAUCUUGUUUUACGUAGGUGGGACCACUCUGAGAAAGGGACCAGGCCCACCACCGGACAGAUGGACAGGAACUGAUGUCACAGCACUGCUACCAACAGAAGUAGUGCCACAGAGAAAAAGCGAGAAAAAGGAGAAGAGGGAUGGAGAAUUAUUGCGGCUGAAAAAUGCAAGAAAGACAUCUCACACACUGACAAAUGAGUGUGGUGAACCGAGCACUCUGAAGGGCAUCAUACCAAGGAUGAAACCAUGGCAACACUUCUUUUGUCCAAGAGGCGAGGGAUGAGAGAAUCUGAGUUAAGACUGUCCCGGAUGAAAGAAAGAAACAGACCAGCUGAAAUGAAUUUGCACUAGUGCUGGAUGAUCAAGCACACUAAAGACUGUAUGUAUGUAUGCUGAGUGGACACACUAUAAACACAUACACUUUUACUUCGACACCUUAAGCAAACUAGGAAAGACAGACAUUGGUCACAGACUGAAAGUGGACAUAUAUGGUACGCAGCAUUUCGGUUCUGACGUUUCCAGGGGUCAAGGAGCUCAGGAGCUGCCUGGGGGAACACAAAUGUAGCCUGGGCCCAAAGUAGGUCAAAAUUGAACCCUCAGUUACUCGUUAAGCUUUCAAAGUCACUUUGCACCUUUGGGAAACUAGACAAGGAGUGAAGUGAAAGCUGUUGAGAGACAGUGGUAGGUUUUCCUUCACUUUUCCAAGACAGUGUCUGCUAUGUACCAGUGAAUAGGCAGGGGAGGGGGUGGGCUUAGUGAUAGGAAUUUUGGCAUUGCUGCAAGAGAAUUUCUAAUGAGGUUUUAAGAAAGAAGUUAUUUUUUGAAAAAAAGGACAGCUUGAGCGCUGUCUGUUAAAGAGAUGGGCAAAAUAUAUUCAUGAUAGGAAUGUUUAUUGUUGACUAUUUUCAGUAUUGCUUCCUGGGGAAGGGAGAGAGAUGGAUAAAAAGUGUUUUGUUUACUUCAGGCUGCCUUUGAGAAUGUUUUUGCUCCCAAGCAAUGACAAUCAGAAUGUCCUUGGGGGAGAAAGGAGAGAAAACUAGAAUUGAUUUUCCCCAAAUGCUCUGUAGAAGUGCCAUGUUGUCUUGUGUACGUACCUAAGUGAACUCUCAUGCAGUCUUUAAAAGCAAUAUCUUCUCUGAUAAGGACUAUAUAAGGAAUUAUAUGUUUUUUUUGGUUGUGAAUAUUUGAGGAUAGGAGGUCAUUUUUCUGUACAGUUGCAAAGUAGAUUGUUCUCCUUUUAGGAACAUUGGGUUAAUCCACUUAGUGGGAGAAACCAUAACGUUUAGUUUCAUGUGAAUGUACAUAGAGAGAGAGACGUGUUUUCCUCCUAUCAGCAGUAGCGUGUACAAUGAGUAUUAUACAUGACAAUACUAUUGGGAUAAUACAUACAACCUAAUAAUCAUUUAUUUCAUUUUACUAACAUGUUUUUAACGGAUUAUACAGCUGACCAAUAUAUCAGUAAUUUGUCCCUAAAAUUGACUAUGAUUGUAUGAUUUCUUUUGUAGAUUAAAUAACUCGUCACCUUUUUUAGCUGAGCAUAUGCUUUUUUUGGUCAGACAAUCAGUGACAGUGAAAUAGUUUUGCCAGUGUUAAAUAUCUGCUCUCUUUCAGUAGUGUGGCUUCUAAUAACAAGCCGAGAAAGUGCAAUUUCUUUGACUGUUUACAUACUGUAUGUAUAUUUUUCCUCUUUCCUUUUUUAACGUAAAACACUACAUUAUUGCCAGUGGAUGAUUAACUUUAUAGCAAAGGUACACAUAAAGAGUUAUUUAUCUAGUUUGCAUGACAUGUAACCUUUGCCUGUUGCCUCUGAUGAUGUGCAUCUCAAAAAAACAAAACAUCAAAAAACAGUUAUAACUCAAUGCCAUAGAAUGUCAGCUCAGAUCUUUUGCCUCUAUAACCAUAAUAAUAAAAGCAUUUUAUGUCUACUAGUAUUAAA